GAUCGUGAUCGCAGCCUUGUUAACCAAUCCGCGGCGCUCACAUUUGUGAUUGCGUUCAUGGGUUUGUCCCUCUGGAUCCCUCUGGCCCGUGGGUUUGUUGUGUGUUCCGUUUGAAGCUCCCGCAUCGCGAAGGACUUGCUGCGCUGUGGACUUGGUACAACUCCAAAUGUGGCUCUGAAUCAUCAACUAAGGGUAUGGUUAUACAAAGUAACGAAUUCCUCCGAAGUUGCCUUAGCUCCGCUGCGCCAUUGUGGUUCCUCUGACCAUAUCGCGGGGGAAACUUGCAGUUGAUAAUUGUAAAUCAAGUGGUUAUUAUAGACCUUCUUGGUUACCCAAGACUGAAUGAAGAUGGGAAGUGGAACGAUAGUAUGAUGGCUCAGAGACGAGUGGCUCCGAGUUUUUUGGUACUCAGUAGGAAGUUGCAAGUGGGGUUUGCAUGCUGAAGAAUCGACACUGCACAGGCCUCACCAUCGACGGAUAGCAUGACCAGCACGGAAAAUACUGCGAUGUUCACAGAAGACACUAGCACUCUAAACGGCUCCACAGAGGCAAAUCAUGCUGAGUUUCCUCUUGGAGAGCGGCCGACGAUAGGGCCGGAGCCACCAGUGAACCCCUUCCACGAGUCCAGCACGUGGAGCAUCCCCCAAGUGAUCAAGACCAUUCUGCUAGUCCCCUUGCUCGUCAUACGCUUGCUCAGCAUGUUCGCUCUCAUGAUGUUGGGCUACAUAUGCGUCAAGGUCGCUAUGAUCGGAUGCAAAGACCCGUUGUUCAAGCCUUUCAAUCCUUUGCGGCGACUCUUGUUGGUAAGUGUGAGGUUAAUAGCAAGAGGGGUGAUGGUGGCCAUGGGGUAUUACUAUAUCCCCGUCAAGGGAAAACCAGCCCACCGGUCUGUGGCGCCCAUUAUCGUAUCCAACCACAUCGGCUUUGUGGAUCCCAUUUUUGUGUUCUAUAGGCACUUGCCGGUCAUCGUCUCAGCCAAGGAAAAUGUGGAGAUGCCCAUAAUCGGAAUGUUCUUACAAGCUCUGCAGAUCAUACCUGUGGACCGAAUAAACCCCGCGUCCAGGCACCAUGCGGCUGGAAAUAUCCGACGAAGAGCUAUGGACAACAAGUGGCCGCAUGUCAUGCUGUUUCCAGAGGGGACUACCACAAAUGGCAAAGCGUUGAUCUCCUUCAAAACAGGAGCAUUUUCGCCUGGUCUACCUGUGCAACCCAUGGUCAUUAAAUACCCCCACAAGUAUGUGAAUCCGUGUUGGUGUGACCAAGGGGGGCCAUUGGUCAUUCUCUUUCAGCUGAUGACUCAGUUUGUAAAUUACAUGGAGGUGGAGUAUUUGCCUGUGAUGACGCCAAAUGUGCAUGAGAUUAAAAAUCCCCAUGAAUUUGCUAAUAGAGUACGGACUGAGAUGGCCAAAGCGCUGGGCGUUGUGUGCACGGAACAUAACUUUCUAGAUAUCAAACUAAAAAUGGCUGCAGAGAAGCUCAAGCAGCCUUCAGGACGCUCAUUGGUUGAAUUCGCACGCAUGGAGAAGCUUUUUCGACUGGACUAUUCCAAGGCCCAGGAAUACUUGGAAAAAUUCAGUGCUAUGGAUCCUUCACACAGUGGUUAUGUCACAUACGAUGAGUUCCUUAAAGCACUCCAUCUUCCGCCCACCCAGAUCACUGAGCAGGUGUUCAACCUUUUCGACAAGAACGGACACGGUUCUAUAAACUUUCGAGAGUUUGUGGCAGGGCUUGCUUUCCUGUCUACCCACACUUCAUUCCAGACUACAAUGAAGGCUGCAUUCAAAGCUUGUGAUGUGGAUGGCGAUGGCACCCUCACUCGUAAUGAGGUGGAAAGCAGCUUGAUGGCCGUAUUCCCGGAGCUCCCCCCAGCAACGGUGUUAAAACUUUUCGACACGCUGGAUUUAAAUCGUGACGGGAGCAUUAACUGGGAGGAGUUCAGCAGCUUUCUGCAACGAAAUCCUGAGUAUUUGGCCAUCAUAUUGGCUGCACACCCUACUCUGUUGCAGGCACCAAAGUCGGAAGAGAGUGAAACUAACAUCUAGAGUUCUGUCAAUCGAUAUCUAUUAGAUCAUCUCUUUCACAUGCUGUGGGACCUUUUGGAGCUGCAAUUCCUCGAGCAUGAUAUAACCACUCUAUUACAGUUGUGCUUAGUGGGUGCAUCUUCUGGAUUUGAAUCGACUCGGGGACAUAAAAGCAGCAGUGGUUUGCUGUCACCGUUGACAUGAUUUAGGAACUUAGCAUCGAGAUAGAUCCUUACUUGAGAUCAUUUUGUAUUUCCACAGACUAUUGCUGUUACCAGUAGCUCUGCUAGAGCUAGAAUUUCUAUGAUGUGGACGAAAGUCAACUUAUUCUUAAGAAUCAAAAGUUAAGCUCCGGUCUUUGUAACGUUUUUACUGCACAAUGGUUCGUUAGGAGCGGACCCACUUGUCUA